AUGGGAUCGUCUUGUUCGACGAGUAUGACUUUGUUUGGAUUGUCCUCUUCAAUGAUGGUGCCCCAAGAGGGAUCCUCUCCCAGCACUCCACACACAGAAUCUAGUACUUCAUCAUUAGGACUCUCGCCAGAGGAAAUUCGUAAAUUGGAGAGAAGAGCUGCAGCUGAGGUGAAGAAGGUGCUCUCCUUCAAAGUUCCUGUACAGAGAGUGAGUUUUUGUGGCUUUAAGGCUGGCUUGACCUUACUUCCAAAUACAAAACCACCCGAAGAAAUUCAUCUCAAACUAUUAGCUUCCUAUCUUCCUCAACAUUUACUAUUCAAUAUGAAACAAGUGUAUUUGAGUUCGUCAUCGGUUCCCUCAAUCUUCAAUCCUCUUGGAGAGAGACGAACAGCUGUAGUCACUCCACCACACUCUCAAGCUGAAUCGAGAGAUUAUCAUGACAUGAGUCGCUACCACAACCACAACCAUCAGCAUCAUUACCAUAAUUCAAACUUUGAAACCCUCAUAAAUCAUUAUCACGCCGACCACCAUCAAAACCUUCAUCUUCCAACAAAUCCUCAAAAUUAUCCUCAAAAUUCUCACGUAAAUUCACAGAUACCUAACCUGAAUGAUCACAUGCCCACCCUUCCACAUUCGAUAGAUCCUCAUAAACACCAUCAACAUACGCCAUUCCAUCAAAAUCAUCCUACAAUACAUCACGUGCCCAUUCAAAUAAUCAACCAUCAGCAGCAACAGUACCAACAAGUGGCACAUCAUCCAUCCCAUCAAGAAACCCCACAUCAACCAAAGGAACCUGCAACAAUUCAACAAAAAGCUCCCCAAAAGAUGCGACAUCAUAGCUCCCAUUCUUUCAAACAGGUAGAACCCUGUAAGGUAUUGGACGAACAUAGCGGUCUAGAAAAUGAAUCCCUUAGCGAAUUUUCUCAUGACGAGGCAUGCAUUUUGCUCGUGAAAAUAAAAGGAAUUCACGAUCUCGUUGAUUCCUUUACCUUGUGCGAGCCUCAACUCGAUAGUAACAAGAAAUUGUAUGAAUCAACAGAUGUGACAUCGCAAGAACGGAAAAUGAGUCAGAGCAUUCGUGGAGCAACUUCUAGCAAUGAUACGUCUUCUUCUCUCAACUCUGCUCGUCACAGCAACAACGACAUUCACUCCUCCUCUCAACACCGCCCUAACCUACAGCAACGAAACCCCUCUCUCAAUUUCUCAGAUGCUCAUUCAAAGCAGAUGCAUCAAGUGUGCACAAGCAUUUCCAAUAUUUACACAGUUUUCAUUAGCAUUAUUUACAGUCUUGGUGGUGAUGUGGAACGUUUUGAUCCUGAAGAGCUACUUUGCCAAUUUCAUUCUCCCCAAGUGGACGCAACAAGAUCUAUAAGCGAUUCUCUGCUUUCGGCAAUCCAGUGUGGAUUAAAAAUUCAACAAACAGAUCUCUCAAAAACGUUCAAAUCUCUGCAAAACAGAAAAAUAGAACUUCGUUGUGUGGUCACCUUUGGUAGUGUGAGAGCAUUCCAUGUUGGUGGCCAUAAGAAUCAUUGGAUUAGACUCUUUACAGGUAGUGCUUUUCAUGAUGCUUAUGAAAAGAUCAACCAAUGCAAAGCAGGACAAGUGGUGCUUACUCGCCCUGUCUAUGAACGUGUAAAGCAGAGAGUCCUUACCAUUGGAGACAAGGAAUUACCGAUUAAAGGUGUGGUAAUCGCAGAUACGGUGAAGAAAGAGGUAAUAGCGAGCGGUGUGCAGAAUAUUACAUUUCAUGCAUCCUUCGGAAGAAUUAUCAAACAGUUUAUUCCCACUUUCGUAGCUAAGAACACAGCACACGAAAAACUUGAACAUAACAAGCAUGAGAAAAACGUCCUUGUUUGCUCCAUGAAAAUUGGUCACAAAUACCUCUCCUCUGACGAUUCUGAACUUCAAUUGAAAGGUCGAAAUGAAUUAAUUAAUUUGUUACAGCAUGUAUUGGAAAAAUAUGAACAAAUCGGAUUAUGUAAAAUUUUUGAAGACAUACAACAAACCAUAGUUGUGUCGUUUUCGAUUGCAAUCGCAAAACUAAGAGUGGGCGAAAUUUUAUUUGUAUUUGAAUUGCUUGUGGAGAUUUCGCAACAUGUCGACACAAUUGGCAUUGGCAUGUCCCUAGGUCCCUGUUUAUGUAUGACAAAUUUUGGUUCAGACAUUCGAAGAGAUUUUGGUAUGUUCGGACAGGUGGCUAACAUUUCAUUGCAACUCAUGAGAGAAUCAUUUUCUCAUCAUGAAGGUUACAUUUUAUGUGAGGAGAAAGUUGCAGAGACUGUUUUUCAACAUUUCGAAAAAGAAGCUCUCAAUUUUAACAAUAAGAGGUGUGUAAAAAUAAUGAAGAGUGUGAGAAUGGAUGAUUGUCCUACAAGUACGACUGGAGAAAAAGUCGACCAAAUAUCAAUCACUUUUUCAAACUGUCCACCACGACUUGAUAGCACUUUCACAACAAAUGUAAAUUUAUUUUUUGAGGAGGUUGAUGCAAUAAUAGUUCAAUUAACAUCCAUCAACAAAAAUGAUAUUUUGCCUCGUGAUGAAACAAACAAGGUGAUUGUGAUUAAGGGAGAAAAGGGAUUCGGUAAAACCUAUACACUGCGCAAGAUAAUGGACAAAUGGAAGAAUAAGGUUGUGUGUUUGACAAACAGCUCAAAACAAUUGUUCUCAGCAAAACCAUGCUCCUUAUUUAUCGAAAAUUUGAAAAUGAUUAUUACGGAAUUCUUUCUAAGGCAACUUAGGAUUGAGCUCGAUUAUACUUGUUUCGAGUCUGUUUAUAGUAGCCUAUCGUCAGAACAGAAGCAACAAAUUGUGACAACUAUUUUUAAGAAAUCAGAUGAUACGGACUUUGAGUCUUUAUCUAAAUACUUUAAUUUAUUGAAUCCAAUAUUAGGUCUUCAUUUUAGUGCGAGCGAGAAUGAGGAUAUUCUAGACUCCACUAUCAACAUUAGAAAAACCUCUCAAAUUGUGUGCAAGCUGCUCCUAAAAGGAUGGAAGCAAUUGGGAUACGCCACUCGAGAACCGUGGUUGUUAUUUUGUGAUGAUAUUCACCUGUACGACCAUUAUUCAAGAGGAGUAUUGGAGUAUCUAUUCAAGUUUUCUCACAUGGAAGGAAUGGGUUAUGGCCUUCUUUUCGUUACUAUGAAUUUAACACCAGAGAGUCACAAUGACAAUGUAGAUAUGAUGGAACUGCAAAGCAUACACUCAAAUGAUGAAGACUUGUUACGUGAGCUUCAGCAAUGGUGUGAAGUGUCCACACUUCAUUUGGAGCUUUCUUCAUUGUCGAAAGAUCUCUAUGAAGGUUGUAUUUUAGAGAUGAUCGCCAAACUAAAUCACCUUUCGAAUAAGAAGUGUCAAGGAGUGGAGAUGCACCUCUUACAAUUGAUUUUUGAAAAAAGCCAGAAUCCAUUGUCCAUUUCUCUGUUAUUGAAGUUUUUGAAUGACAUGAAUUGUCUAAGAAUCAAUGAAGAGAACAUGAUUGAAUUAUUCGGUACUCUAGAUCAUUUAAAAAUACCUCGAACACGAGCUGACUUUUACUUGCAUCAAUUUCAACGUCUUGACAAUGAACAGCAACUAAUUUUACGGGUGGCAGUAUUGUAUGGUCGCUAUUUCGAUUUGAAAAUGAUUAUUAAGGGUGUUGCUUGUCUUGACUCUAAUCUCACCCCAGAGAAAAUCACAACCGCUUUUUCCAAAUUGGCCUUUCAGCAUGGUAUUUUAGAAGUGGUUGAACAACUUCACUUUCAACAAUGCAAGAAUAGACAUGAAGAGGCAUUUUACACAUUUAGCAAUAGCGAGCUUUAUGAAUACAUUAAGAAUGAAUUGUAG